UGAGCAUCCUGUGUUCAAGGCAAACCCACCUACGCCUUUGAUUUGUCUACUCUCAACAGCUGAAAGUUCUAUUCUGAACUCAAAGCAGAGGAAUAAACGCACAAUUCUCUGUCCAUUCCUCUAUAAAACAUGCCGGCUUCAUCAUCAUUUUUCAACAAGCCACGUCAUCUGUCCCUGUGGACCUAGUCUCUGUUUUUAGCAAAGAAUGAACAUACGGAUGGUCUGAUUGGUUAAGCUGAAACAGAGGAUCUGCUACAGUAGCCAUUAAAAGAAAUUCUAUGUAAAUUUACCAUGGACCACAGAGGCCAGGGGUCCUUCAUCAUGUACCAUGGAACAACGAAAUUCGAAAUCAUGCGUCAUGAUUCCUCAACCGACGGAAUGCCGAGGCCUGAGCGUUACCCAUUGAAUCCUAAACCCGGGGAGAGACUGGCAGUAUUGAAGCUGAAGGUGAACAUCGGCAUCAAUCUCCUCAUGGACAAAGAUUUUCUGAGCGGUCUAAGAUCCUUGGGGGGCUUAGGAGGCCACAGAUACUACAUCAUGUACCACGGUACAACGCUGGAAGCAGCAAAGCAGAUCAAGCUCCACGGUUUCAGGUGCUCUGAUGAUGGGAUGCUGGGGCCCGGUGUCUACGUGAGCAGAAGUGUAGCUAAAGCUAAGCGUUACCCCCUAAAUCCUCCACCUGGAGAGAAACUGGCCAUCCUGAAGCUGAAAGUACGUGUGGGGAAAGUGAAAAAGAUCGACAAGCAGGGCCAUCCUCUACAGAAAACAUGGCAUGAUGAAGGAUACGACACGGCCUGGGUGCCACCUAACUGCGGCAUGGUGAAGAGCAGCCUGGAGGAAGAGUGCGUCUGGGACCCGAGUCGAAUAGAAGUGCUGGAAAUGUGGAAAGUCGAAAGAAACGACAAAGAAACUUCUUAUUCCACUCAUGAGUGA